UUGCAAAGCGAAAGAGGUAUUUUGUGAAGGUUCAUUUAUUCUGGAUGCUCGGGUAAAUUUCUUGCAUUUCCAGUCAGGACUAAUGCUGAUUGGGUCACAGACGCUUCUGAAAAGUGAACACUGCUUGCCCUCCUGAACUCACAAUGCUGCAGCCCCAUGUGCUGAGCGUUUGCCAUGUGCUUGUGCUGGUGCUGUGUCUGUCUGCGGCUGAGGACUUCGACUGGACAAAGAACGACCGCGGCUCCUUCUAUUAUGGCACUUUUCCAACUGGUUUUUCUUGGGGGGUCGGCAGCUCAGCCUAUCAAACAGAAGGAGCCUGGGAUAAGGACGGAAAAGGAAUGAGCAUCUGGGAUGUCUUCUCCCAUAAAGAGGGGAAGGUGAUCUACAACGAAACUGGGGACUCGUCAUGUGAAGGAUACUACAAAGUUAAGGACGACAUUGCCCUACUGAAAGAGCUGAAAUUAAAUCACUAUCGAUUUUCCAUCUCUUGGCCCCGAAUCAUGCCAACAGGAAUACAAUCUGACCACGUGAAUGAAAAAGGAAUAAAAUACUAUGAUGACUUAAUUAAUCUUCUCUUGGAGAACAAGAUCACCCCCAUUGUGACGCUGUACCACUGGGACCUACCUCAGGUUCUCCAAGAAAAAUAUGGGGGCUGGCAAAAUCUAAGCAUGAUCAAUUACUUUAAUGACUAUGCCAACCUAUGUUUCGAGAGGUUUGGUAAUCGUGUGAAAUACUGGCUUACUUUUAACAACCCUUGGUCUGUUGCUGUUGAAGGAUACGAAACAGGAGAGCAUGCGCCUGGGAUGAAGCUGAGAGGAUCAGCACCAUACAAAGCAGCUCAUUAUAUCAUCAAGACUCAUGCCAAAGUUUGGCACACUUAUGACAACCAAUGGCGCAGCAAACAAAAAGGCAUGGUUGGCAUUUCCCUGAACGGUGACUGGGGAGAGCCUGUUGACAUUACAAGCCAGAAGGACAUUGAAGCCGCUGAAAGAUACAUCCAGUUUUACCUUGGCUGGUUCGCAACCCCAAUUUUUAAUGGAGACUAUCCACAAGUGAUGAAAGACUACAUAAGUAGGAAGAGUGCACAGCAAGGCCUGGGAACCUCAAGGCUGCCGACCUUCUCAUCCCAGGAAAAGAGCUACAUCAAGGGAACAUGCGAUUUCCUUGGAAUCGGGCAUUUCACUACACGCUACAUCACACAGAAAAACUUCCCAGCCAGUCAAGGCCCCAGCUACUUCACUGACAGGGACCUGGUGGAGCUGGUGGACCCCCGGUGGCCUGACCCUGGCUCUGAAUGGUUGUAUUCUGUGCCGUGGGGAUUCAGGAGCUUGCUCAAUUUCGUGAAGACUCACUAUGGAAACCCCAUGAUCUAUGUGACAGAGAAUGGAGUGUCUGAAAAGAUGACUUGUACGGAGCUUUGUGAUGAUUGGAGAAUGCAGUACUUCAAGGAAUACAUCAGUGAGAUGCUUAAAGCGAUGAAGGAUGGUGUGAAUGUGAAAGGUUACACUGCCUGGUCCCUGCUGGAUAAGUUUGAAUGGGAUGAGGGUUACUCCGAGAGGUUUGGAUUGUACUAUGUUGAUUUUAGAAACAAGAAUAAACCACGCUAUCCAAAGGCCUCUGUCCAGUACUACAAAAGGAUCAUCAGUUCAAAUGGAUUCCCGAACCAGAGGGAGGCUGAAAACUGGUAUCGCAAGGCAAUAGAGAGCUGCUCUGCAAGUAAUCAACUUCUUGCUGCAGCUAGAAGAAAGUCCAAGGAAAAUAAGGAACAUGCAGAAAUGCCAAAGGUUUGGCCAGUGCAUGAUGAAGUUUAGGUACUAGGGCUCAACUUAAAGAAAAUAUGUCCUGAGACUUAAAGGUUUCUUAAAAUCUAGAAAUCAAUGGCUUGGUUUUAAUUAAGAAAUGGACAAAAAAACAAACAAAAAAAACACAUACAUCAAAUGUCAAUAUCUGAAUAACUGGAAUUAAAACAAACCACAAAGAGAUACAGUCUGACUGAAAACAUUGUUAAUUAGAGAUUGGACAAAUAAGAAACUGCCAUAUAAAAAGGGUGUGGUAUAUGUUUUUUAUGCUGUGUUUUUACUAAAUGUUAAUUUAUUGAUUGAUUGAUUUAUUUGUAUUAACAAUUAACUCUUUGAGGGCUUUUGGUUAUUUCCUUUGUGUUAAAAGUCUGCGUCCCUAGAAUAUGUAAAAAAAAAAGUUAAAAGACUGUUAAAAUGAUAAAAGUAAGAAAUAGAAAUUAAGCCACAAACGUUUAUAAAGAGCUACAUACAUGUGUAAUUCUGUAUAUUAUCAGUACCACCUACAGAAAGACCCAGUGAUUGGACUUCCUGUACAGCAACUGGUUGAUGAUCACAGUCCUCAAAGGGUGAAUGUACUACUUCUAAAUACAAAAUAAAUGUCAUUUUAGUAAUUGAUUUUCUCCUUU